UCGAAAAAAAGUGCAUGUGCGAUACGUGUGAUCUGGCAUAGUGUGAGAGAAAGUUGCGCUCGAUCUGCGCAGAAUAACUGUGCAUUGGCGGCAGUGCGCACAUGCUUCCACGUAUGUGACAGACACUGGAGAAUGUAACCUUUUUCACGGGCUUUGAUUAAUCGCCUUUUAGAAGCAUAUUUAUAGAAAUUUGUUAAGAAAGUGUCGUAAAAAUGGUGUCUGUCUUGAAUACCGUUGACACCGGUCAUGAAGAUAUGAUUCACGAUGCGGAAAUGGACUAUUAUGGUUUGAGGUUAGCAACUUGUUCCAGUGACAAUUUGGUAAAAAUUUUCGAUCUGAAGAACGGAUCGCAAAGUUUGGUAGCCGAUUUGAAGGGACACGUUGGACCUGUGUGGCAGGUUGCAUGGGCUCAUCCCAAAUUUGGAAAUCUCUUAGCUUCGUGCAGUUACGAUCGAAAAGUAAUUAUUUGGAAGGAGCUAGGAGAGUGGACAAAAAUUUAUGAAUAUACCGGUCACGAUUCAUCCGUUAACUCGGUAGCAUGGGCGCCACACGAAUUUGGCUUGAUCCUUGCUUGCGGUAGUUCCGAUGGUUCGUUGUCUAUUCUCACCAACAAUGGAGAUACAUGGGACACGCAAAAAAUUGCAAAUGCUCAUACCAUUGGAUGCAAUGCCGUAAGUUGGUGUCCGGCUAUCGAGCCCAGCUUUGAUGCUAGUGGAACACAGAGAAACAGCGCUGUAAAAAGAUUGGCAACAGGAGGUUGUGAUACUUUAGUUAAAAUUUGGAAAGACGAGGGUGACAGAUGGAUUGAAGAAGAUAAACUUGAAGCACACAGUGAUUGGGUACGAGGCGUAGCAUGGGCACCAGCCGUUGGACCGUCUAAAGCUGCACUGGCUUCUUGUUCGCAAGAUCAUCGUGUAAUUGUAUGGACCUCGAAUGAUUAUUCCAGUUGGACGCCAACUAUUCUUAAUAUCUUUGAUGAUGUCAUUUGGAACGUGAGUUGGUCAUUGACCGGAGGUAUUUUAGCAGUUAGCGGGGGAGAUAAUAAGGUAUCCCUUUGGCGCGAAAAUACCGAAGGACAGUGGACUUGCAUUUCUGAGACGAACAAGGGUCAAGGAAGUCUUAAUAACACUGAUCAACGUGCGCUAUAAUAUCGGAAAAUAGAGCCUAGGAUGUUUUGUACUAAUAAACACUGUAAAUUAAAACAAUCGUUCUGUAUUAAUUACAAUUUUAUGCUAUAUGUUUGUACUCUUACCAUAUAUCUACACAUAAAGAAUUAUAAUU